ACAAUUAGGAGUUAAAUACCUUUUAACUUCCAGACUAAAUCAAGAUUGCCUGGAAAAUUUUUUUUUCCCGAAUCCGCGGUCUUGGCCAUUUCUAUGAUCAUCCACUGCCCGUAGACGUGAAGUAUCGAAUGCGUCUUUUAUUGUUAACUAAUAAUUCCUACCAGAUUUCACUUUCUAACACAUCUUCUGUUGCUCCUGAUGAGGAGGAAGAUGCAUACAUUACUUCCAACUUUUUUGGUAAUAUUUUACCUGACAUGACUGAAGCUCUGAAGAUGUUAGACGGUGAAACUGAGAUGAGGGAUAUUGUUUUUGAUAAUUCUAGAUUGACCCUUGCAAGUGAACCUGCAGCUGACUGCUCUGUAGAGGGUUUUCGGUACCUUGCAGGCUACAUAGCCUACCGUGGAAGAAAAUAUGACCAUUCUUUGGGAACACCUACAGAACAAUUGCUCCAUCUGCCUUCAGAUGAACACGUUGGUUGGAUAGAAACGCUUUCUCGUGGUGGUUUACUUGUUCCAUCUGAGGAAUGGUUAAAAAAAAUAAGUCAAUUUGAAGUAGUGUUUGUAAGUGAACAUGGGAAAGAUGGUCUUUCAAGAAAUAAUAACAUUAUGCAAACUAUGUGUAAAAAAAUUGCACAAAAGUUUCCUGAUGUGCAUAAUGAAAUCAUUAAAAUAUAUGUUAAGACACGAACAUUUAUACGCUUGAGGUAUUUGAAUACAGAAAUGAAAAAGAAGAAAAGAAAUAAGGCUGAUAUGAAAAAGGCACAGAAGUGGAUUGCAUCAUCUUUAUAACUCCUCCUCAUAUUACAUCCUACUCAUAUAUGAAGAUACUUUUCAAUAGCAGCCAGGACAGCGAUUGAUGAUGAUGAAGAAGUUCAAAAUGUUAAUGAAAAUGAGUGUAAAAAAUCAUUGCCAGUUAAGUCAAAUGCAUAUGAUUCUUUACUACACAGUGUCGAGUUUGAAGAUAGUGUACCAGAAAACAUUUCCCAUGCAUUUACAAAGAUGUGAGGCUUCUUAUGACAUGAUCCCAACAAUCAAAACAAGCUUUCGUGUUUUAGGGAAAGUAUUCUGCCACUGCAAAUAUCCUCUUCGCAAACAUUUCACAUUGGCAAAUUUAAUAAUAUUUUGUCAAACAAUUUUUGGCAUUUUAAAGAAAGAAACUUGCUUUAGAAGACUGUGUUGUAAAAUUUAUAAGUGAAUACCAUUAACAUUAAGUACAAGAUGUCUGAAAUGGAACUGUAAUGCUACCAGA